AGGUAGAGAAAAGGAUAUGAUACCAGUUCUAUAUAUAUAAGGUGCAUUCCAUCUCUCCAAACCCUGCUAAACAACAGACACAAUGAUUCUCCUCUUCUCCAUAGCUCUCCCCAUAAUCUUGAUCUAUCUUCUCCGCAAAAACAAUAAAAAAUCAUUAAAACCCAAUCUCCCGCCACUCGCACCAGGCCUGCCGUUGAUCGGAAACCUGCACCAACUAGCAGCGGCGCCGCUUCCACACAUCUUUCUCUCCCAACUCUCCAAAAUCCAGGGCCCCCUGCUCCGCUUAAACCUAGGCUCAAACCCCAUAAUCGUCAUCUCUUCAGCAAAGCUAGCGGAAGAGGUCCUGAAGAAGCAGGACUCCGCCUUCUGCAGCCGCCCCAAGCUCGUGGCGCAGCGGAGGCUCUCCUACAACGGCGCUGACAUGGCCUUCGCACCGUACGGCGCGCACUGGAGAGAGAUGAGGAGGAUUGCCGCCGCACAUCUCCUCAGCCCGACCAAGGUGCACUCGUUCCGCGCCGUUCGCCAAGAUGAGGUGGCUCGCAUGGUCGCCAAGAUCGCGCGCUGCGGCGCUUCGUCGCCGGUCAACCUGAGCGAGGCGGCGAUGGGGCUGACGACGACUCUCAUAUGCAGGAUAGGUUUUGGGAGGAGGUAUGAGGAGCAAGGGUCGGAGCUGCGGAGAUUUGAGGAAUUGUUGGGCGAGCUCCGGCAACUGCUGUCGGCGUUCUUUGUGUCUGAUUAUUUUCCGGCGUUGAGUUGGGUGGAUAGAGUGUGUGGAAUGAUGAAACGGCUUGAUUGUGCGUUCGAGAAGCUAGAUCGUUUCUACCAGGAGGUGAUCGACGAGCAUCUCGGUCGCAAAGAUGGGGAAGAGGAGGAGGAUAUUAUCAGUAUGCAGAUCAAGCUUGAACUCCAUUCCCCUAAACCUAAUUGGGACCGGGUCAAGGCAUUGUUAAUGAACUUAUUCAUUGGUGGAACAGACUCAAGUGCCGCUGCAAUAGUCUGGAACAUGACUGCUUUGAUGAAGGCGCCACAUAUCAUGAAAAAAGUGCAAACAGAAAUCAGAAAUGUGGUGGGCAACAAGGGGAAGGUAGACGACGACGAUCUGCCAAAACUCCCAUAUCUAAAAGCAAUCCUAAACGAGACUUUCCGAUUGUACACUCCGGUUCCAUUGCUUGUACCAAGACAAACCACUGAGAAAUGUGUGCUAGAUGGCUAUGAAAUUCAGCCCAAUACUACUGUUUAUGUAAACGUGUGGGCCAUUGCAAGAGAUUCCGAAUAUUGGAAAAUCAGCCCCGAAGAAUUCUUGCCGGAGAGAUUCAUUGGUAGCAACAUGGACGUGAAAGGGCAAGAUUUUGGAGUGAUUCCUUUCGGGUCGGGGCGCAGAAUCUGCCCCGGAAUGUUUAUGGGAGUUGCUAAUGUGGAGCUUGCUGUUGCAAAUUUGCUCUACUCUUUUGACUGGGAGCUGCCUCAAGGAAUUCAACUGGACACUCAUGUUUUGCCUGGAAUUAUCAUGCAUAAGAAAAAUCCACUUUUUCUCUUGCCUAAGCCAUAUAACCUUUAAGGGUGCGUUCUCUUUAGUUGUAAAUUUAUCAUGAAAAAAUGAAAGAUAAACAAAAUUUCACCCUUUAAA